AUGAAGACACCCAGUCGGAUCCUCUGGUUCGUGCGCCAUGGCGAGCGAGUGGAUAACGUCGACAAAACGUGGAAAAAGACCGCCGAACGAUGGGAUGAUCCACCCUUGAGUGCGAGAGGGCAUCAACAAGCUCGAGAAGUUGGUGUUGCCCUUAUGGAAGAACCUAUAGAUCACGUCAUUUGUUCGCCAUUCACCCGAUGUGUGGAGACAGCUACCGAAAUCCUGUCAUUACGGAAGGAUCCCCCACAUCUCUGCAUUGAACCUGGUAUGGGCGAGUCGCUCAACGCAUGUAUGUCACCUCCAGGACGACCAACAAUGGAACAGAUCAAGAAAAUCAAUCCAAAAGUGAACGACACCUAUGAACCAGUGUACACUACACUGCCACCGGAACAUGGCGGAGAUGAGGGUUGCAUUCCACGAGUCGCUGUGACAUUAAGGAAUAUUCUUGCUAAGUAUCCCACGGGUAACAUUUUGUUCAUAUCUCAUGGCAGUCCGAUAGCUGCUUGCCAUGUGGCGCUCUGCGGGUCGUGGAAUUACGUUGGACAAUGCACUAUAGGUAAAAUUGUCAGCGCUGCUGGGAACUUCCAGUGCGAGUACUUCGGUGAUAAACGCCAUCUUUCUGACAAAACUAACUUGAGAGAGCAUGAGAGCAAGAAAGAAAACGCUGGAGAGCAACGACUGGAGAUCUCGUUGAUGAACAAAUAA